UUCGAUAGGAGGAAGUUAGCAGGUUAGGGAGAAAUAAUGUUCGCCAGUCUUGAUUUUUAUAGACAUUUACAACGCUAAAAUUGCAUAUUUGUCUGAACCGUUUAUGAAUGAAUGAGUGAAGGAAAGGCCUGUCUUAAUACUGUGUAUUGUAAUCUUAAAGCUUCAGUGAAAGUGGAUACACGAACUAUCCGUGUCUUUCAAGGGAAGACGCUCGCGAAGAGGACCAUUGAAAAACAAUGAUAAGUUAGCCAGCUUGCGAACAUCAACCGCGGUGGGAAAAGAAAGCAUAAGCAGCCUUUUUCUCGGACAUACCAUGGAGCGGAUGAAAUCAAUGGACGUGCAACUAUGAAGAAAGAGCCCCAGUCACCCUCGAUGGAAGUGCCACUGUAGGGACGGUGCAAAAGAGGGGAGCGACACGCAGGCAGUGUAACGCUGCUGCCUUAUAUGCUUAACUGCCCAGAGGUGACAGCUCUCUGCGCAGGGACCAUGGGCUCUCAGGCGCUGCAGAUACUUCGUCAGGGGGUGUGGGCCUCGCUGACCGGCGGCUGGUAUGUGGAUCCCCACCAGAGCACCUUCUCCAACUGCUUCCACCUCUACCUCUGGAUUUUCCUUCUGGCCUUCCCCUUCCUACUCUACAUGGCUCUGCCACCAAAUUUGUUGGUGGCGGGCGUGUACUGUGCCGUGGUGGCAGUAUUCUUCACUGCCAUCAAGGUGGUGAACUUUCGUCUGCACUCCAUGUUUGACCUGGGCGAGAUCGUGGAGAAGAGGCAGGCCUCGCUCACCCCAGAGAACCAGAGGGUGGAGGAGGGGGAGGAGGGCUCCGGAGGACACGAUGGACACCAGCGCAGGGACAGCACUGUUGGUGUGGAGAUGACCGUAUUCCGGAAGAUCAAUUCAACCCCUCCGGUUCGCUGCAGCUCUCAGCACUCAUUAUUUGGACUCAACCAAGUCUCGGAAUUUUUGCCUCAGCUGGAUGACGCAGCAGGAGGAUCUAAAGAUAUUAAGGAGUUGAUGCGGGAACAGGGUAGUAAUAAUGUAAUUCUGACGUCGGCACACCGAGAGGACCUACGCCACAGCUCCCAGGACACAAUACGGGCCGGCAGCGUCGUCCAGUCGUGCCUGGCCGCCGCCUCGGGCCUCAUGGCCGACUUCCCGGGCCUGAUGGGCGUCGGCGGCGUCAUGUCCGGCGGAUUCAGCAGCCUGCACCCCAACGGCUGCCCCUCCAUCCCCCCGUCGCCAUCCAGCCAGGGGGACGGAGACGAGAAGUUGCCCUUGGAGGAGGAAGACGAAGGGGCGGGGAUGGGGGACGCAGGGGAUCAGCCGUCUCCCUACAGCCCCGAGGAGGAGGACGAGGAGAUGGUGGUGGGUCUUGGUAAAGGUAAAGGCAUUGGAGUGGGUGUGGGUGGCUAUUCGCCGCUGGGCCCCUCGGGCGAGUCGGAGAGCCUGGGCGACGCGCCCCUGAGCCCGCUCAUCAAGAGCAGCCUGAGCGAGGAGCUGAGCGAGAACCUGCUGGGCCUGGGCCUGGACCCCGUCACCUUCGCCCGCGGCACCAAGCAGCACUCCGCGCCGCUCAUCACCGGCCGCAUGGGCAUGGGCUCCAUGGGUGUGGCCAUCGCGGCUGCCGGCUCCACCGACAGCUGCUUCAGCGGCGGGGGCGCCGCCACGGACCGCGAGACCCUCAGCACCGUCAGCAGCUACCGCAGCGAGAAGACGGACUCCACGCAGCUGGAGAGCCCCUCCCUGGGCAAGCCCAGCCCGGCCACCGCUGCUGCUGCUGCUGCCGCGGCUGCCCCGCCACCUUCCGUCUCCAACGGAGCAGCACAGCGGGGCGCGGGGGAUGCGCGUCACCCGGUGGGAGCCAUGCUGGACACGCCCCUACACGGCGGCAGCGACACGGACGACUUGUCGGACAGCGAGCUCCUCCAAUCGCCCUCCAAGGAGCUCUCGGUGGGGCAGGGUCUGGACAGGACUCUGGUGGAGGGCGAGGACCUGCCCGCUCUGCCCCCGGACCCGGGAGCGACGGUGGCACCACAGCCGCCGCCAUCGCCCCCGCACCUCCCAGACUCCUCGCCCUCCAGCAGCGAGCGCUCGGACUUAUGCGACGGGGCAGAGAGGGGCGCUCUGCCCAUGUCGGUAGUGUCCGUGCCCCCUCUCCCCCCGCCGCGGCAGGCCAGCUCGGUACCCUCGGGCCUGGCCCUGGGGCUGGUGUGCUCCGAGCCCGCCCUGCCCAUCACCUCCCCCCCUUACCUACUGACAGAGCAACCCUCUCUCCAGUCGCAGCAGCAGCAACAGCAGGUAGUGCGACCCAAGGACCUCAAGCUGCUGCGGGGUGGCGCUGGCACAGGGGGCAGCGUGGGUCACCGGCCCGGCCGGCGGAAAGCGCCCCGCAAGCGUGGCACGGCGGGCAGCAGCAGCUUCGACUGCGGCUCGUACCGGCGGCGCCACCACCACCACCAUCACCACCACCACCCUCCGCCCCACCACGGGCAGCACAGAGACUACAUCCCCGUGCCCCCGCGCAGCCGGCUGGGCGCCACCAAGGCCUACAGCGAGAGCCUGUUCGAGGACUCCAGCGAUGAGGAUGACGGCAGCGACAUGAGCCCAGGCUCCAGCAUCGGCUCCCAGAGACACUACAGCUCGGACGACGACGAUGAUGACGACGACGACGAUGAUGACGAUGAAGAUGAUGACGACGACGAUGAUGACGAUGACGACGACUCGAGCUCCUCUACCUCCUACGUGCCCAUGUUCCCCAUCGCCGGCGGCGCCACCGCUGCCCUCUCGGCCAAUCAGCCGCCAGGGUCUCGUGACGGUGGGGAGGGCUUGGACGCAGUGGCCGGUCCCUCUCACGCCCACCCCCAUUCGCACCCGCACUCGCGUGGCGCCCAGAGGUCGUCUAGCACGGCCAGUGCCAAGACCCACGCCCGGGUACUCAGCAUGGACGGUGGUGGGGCUGGCGGUGGUGCUGGGGGUAGCGCCGGUGGUGGUGGCAGCACCGGAGGUGGCAGCCACUCCAACGUGGUGUCUCUGGCCUCCUCCACCCUCCUGCCUCUGCCCACCUCGGUCUCGGCGCCCCCUCCGCGGACCCUCACCGUCUCCAAGUCGGACCUGGAGGCGCGGGCACUGCCCGGCUCGGACGGUUUCUCGCGGGCGCACCACCGGCUGGACUCGCUGGGCGGCUCGUGGUCCGGCAACCAGACAGGCUGGAGGGCCUCUGAGAUGCUGGAGGAAGGAGCCGUCGGAGGAGCGCUGGGCCCAGAGGAAGGAGGCAAGCGUGACUCAGUCAGCAGCGUGAAGCGAACGCAGGCCAUCCGCAGACGCCACAACGCAGGGAGCAACCCCACGCCUCCACCAUCCUCCAUGGGCUCUCCUCCUAGUUUGCAGGACCUCCAGCGCGCCCGCACCUCCUCCCACUCCCGCACGCGCACCCUGCCCUCGGCCCUGCAGUUCGCCUCCUCCCUGCUCCUGCCCCGCUCCGGCGUCCACGAGGCCUCCACCUUCGACGACACGUCGGAGGGGGCCGUGCACUACUUCUACGACGAGAGCGGAGUCAAAAGGUCAUACACGUUUGGUCCCUCUGGUGGUGGCUAUGAAGACCCUGUUCAGGAGCGUGAGCGACAGUCCCAGUCCUCCAGUUUCACCUCCACAGACGUGCAGGAGGGGGGAGCGCCGGUGCUGACCAUGCUGCCCAGGCCGGGCCUGCAGGGCAUGCAGGUGCGCAGGGUGCCCCUGGAAAUGCCUGAGUUUGAGAUGGAUCACGAGUCCCUUCACGAAUCUCAGGAAAACACGCUGAUGAUCGAGGAGAAGGCCAAGCCCAAACAGUACUACCGCUUCUGGGUGUUGCCCGGCAAGUGGCUCCGGGUGCGCUACGACCGCCUGGCGCUGCUGGCCUUACUGGACAGGAACCGUGGCGUUGGGGAGAACGUGUUUGCGGUGGUGCUGGCCAGCCUGGUGGCUCUCCUGGGGUUCCUGCUGCUACUUCAGGGCUUCUUCAGGGACAUCUGGGUCUUCCAGUUCUGCCUCGUCAUCGCCAGCUGCCAGUACUCCUUACUCAAGAGUGUUCAACCAGAUGCAGCCUCUCCAAUGCAUGGCCAUAACUGGAUCAUCGUGUACAGCCGGCCCGCCUACUUCUGCCUGUGCUGCGUGCUGGUGCUGGUCUUUGACCUGGGGGGUCGAUCGGGUCGGCUGCUGCCUUUCUCCCUCUACGGGGUCACCUUCUUCUCCGCACACUUCCUGCUCUGCGCUCGAGACCUCCUCAUAGUGUUCACCCUCUGUUUCCCCGUCAUCUUCCUCUUUGGGCUUCUACCUCAGGUCAACACCUUCCUCAUGUGUCUGCUGGAGCAGGUGGACAUGCACAUAUUCGGAGGAACAGCCACCACGAGCCCUCUGUCAUCCGUUUACAGCCUGAUCCGCAGCGUGCUGGUGGCCGCUCUGCUGUACGGCUUCUGCCUGGGCGCCAUUAACGUCACCUGGGAGGAGCAGCAUGUUCCCGUCCUGUUCUCUGUGUUCUGCGGUCUGCUGCUGGCCCUGUCCUACCACCUCAGCCGGCAGAGCAGUGACCCCACCAUCCUCUGGUCUCUGGUGCGCUCUAAAUUCUUUCCUGAGCUGGAGAGCCGCACACCUGAGGACCCGCCUGUAGAGAUUAAAGAUCCCCUUCCUGAGAAACUGCGCAACUCGGUGAAAGAGACUCUGCACUCAGACCUGGUGAUGUGUCCGCUGAUGGCCAUCAUCACCUUUGCCAUCAGUGCCAGUACAGUCUUCAUCGCCCUGCAGCCGGCGCUGAGCUUCGUGCUGUACAUCCUGGCGGGCGUGGUGGGCUUCAUCACCCACUACCUGCUGCCUCAGCUCCGCAAGCAGCUGCCCUGGUUCUGCCUGGCACACCCCGUGCUGCGCUCGCGCGAGUACAGCCAGUUCGAGGUCCGCGAUGCGGCUCAGCUGAUGUGGUUUGAGAAGAUGUACGCGUGGCUGCAGUGUGUGGAGAAGUACUUCAUCUACCCCGCUGUGGUGCUCAACUCCCUGACCACCGAGGCCCACGCUGUCGGACGCAGCUCCGACAAGACCGCCACAUAUGGCCGGGCCCUGUUCAUCUCCCUGGCGGGUAUGAAGCUGCUGCGCUCCUCCUUCUGCGCGCCCUCCAUGCAGUAUGUCACCCUCUGCUUCACCGCGCUCUUCUUCCGCUUCGACUACCCACACUUCUCCGAGACCUUCCUGCUCGACUACUACUUCAUCUCCAUCCUCUUCAGCAAGUUGUGGGACCUGCUGUAUAAGCUGCGCUUCGUGCUGACGUACAUCGCCCCCUGGCAGAUCACCUGGGGCUCCGCCUUCCACGCCUUCGCACAGCCCUUCGCCGUGCCGCACUCCGCCAUGCUGUUUGUCCAGGCCGUGUUCUCCGCCCUCUUCUCCACGCCGCUCAACCCCGUCCUGGGCAGCGCCGUCUUCGUCACCUCCUACACACGCCCCGUCAAGUUCUGGGAGAGAGACUACAACACCAAGCGUGUGGAUCACUCCAAUACGCGACUAGCCACCCAGCUGGAUCGCAACCCAGGCGCUGACGACAACAACCUGAACUCCAUCUUCUAUGAGCACCUGACGCGCUCGCUGCAGCACUCGCUGUGCGGGGACCUGCUGCUGGGUCGCUGGGGCAACUACACCACAGGCGACUGCUUCAUCCUGGCCUCUGACUACCUCAACGCCCUCGUGCACCUCAUCGAGAUCGGCAACGGCCUCGUCACCUUCCAGCUGCGCGGCCUGGAGUUCAGGGGCACGUACUGUCAGCAGCGGGAGGUGGAGGCCAUCACGGAGGGCGUGGAGGAGGACGAGGGCUGCUGCUGCUGCGAGCCGGGCCACCUGCCCCACAUGCUGUCCUUCAACGCCGCCUUCGGACAGCGCUGGCUGGCCUGGGAGGUGGCCGCCACCAAGUACGUCCUGGAGGGCUACAGCAUCAGCGACAACAACGCCGCCUCCAUGCUGCAGGUCUUCGACCUCCGCAAGAUCCUCAUCACCUACUACGUCAAGAGCAUUAUCUACUACGUGAACCGCUCCCCCAAGCUGGAGGAGUGGCUGGCGACAGAGGCCAUCCAGGAGGCCCUGCGGCCCUGCCUGAGCCCCUCCUAUGUGGACAGCGACCCCACCUUCAACCUCAACAUCGACGAGGACUACGACCACCGCGAGUCCGGCAUCACCCCCACCUCCUUCUGCAUGAUCUACCUGGACUGGAUCCAGUAUUGCAACAGCCGAAGGCAAACGCCCGUGGAGAGUGAGAGAGACUCCCCUCUGGUGACGUUAUGUUUUGGUUUGUGUAUCCUGGGCCGCCGUGCACUAGGAACCGCCUCCCACAGCAUGUCCGCCAGCCUGGAGCCGUUUCUCUAUGGCCUCCAUGCACUCUUCAAGGGGGACUUCCGCAUCACCUCCCCCAGAGACGAGUGGGUGUUUGCGGACAUGGAUCUCCUCAACAGGGUAGUCGCUCCGGGAGUUAGGAUGUCUCUGAAACUCCACCAGGACCACUUCACGUCGCCGGACGAGUACGAGGACCCGGUGGUGCUGUACGACGCCAUCACGGCCAAUGAGGAGAAGAUGCUGAUCUCGCACGAGGGCGACCCGGUGUGGCGCAGCGCCAUCCUGGCCAACAUGCCCUCCCUGCUCGCCCUGCGCCACGUCAUGGACGACGGCAGCGACGAGUACAAGAUCAUCAUGCUCAACAAGCGCUUCCUCAGCUUCAGGGUCAUCAAGGUGAACAGGGAGUGCGUGCGCGGCCUGUGGGCGGGGCAGCAGCAGGAGCUGGUCUUCCUGCGUAACCGCAACCCGGAGCGCGGCAGCAUCCAGAACGCCAAGCAGGCGCUGCGCAACAUGAUCAACUCCUCGUGCGACCAGCCCAUCGGCUACCCCAUCUACGUCUCGCCCCUCACCACCUCCUACGCCGGCGCCCACGCGCAGCUGCGCUCCGUCUGGGGCGGGCCCGUCAGCCCGCACAACAUCUACACCUGGUUCAUAUCCAGCUGGGACAGGCUCCAGAAGGGUUGUGGCGCGGGCUGCAACAGCGGUGGCAACAUCGAGGACUCUGACUGCGGUGGCGGCUCCUCGUCCAUCACCAAUAACAACCCAGCAGCCCACCCCCCCACCAGCAGCAGCACCGUCACCAGCGCCCCCCAGCCACACCUCCCCACCACGCAGACGCCCAUGGGUACGGACAAUCCAGUGGGCCCAUGCGCAUGGCCCCACCACCAGCAGUCCCACCACCACCACCACCACCAUCACCAUCACCACCAGCCCCUCCCCCUGGCUCUGCUCAGCCAAUCGGAGGGCCGCAUGGACGCCGGCCUGGUCUCCUCGCUGCACCGCACCUCCUCCAUCCAGGGCCUGCUGGGCCAGCACCUGUCCAGCUCCCAGCUGUCCUUCAGCGGCUCCGUGCCCCUGCCCCCGCCCGAGCGCUUCUGCCCGGGCAGCCUGCAGGACAACCUGGGCCUGCGCGCCGGAGGACGGCUGGGGCUGGGCCUCGGGGGGCUGGGGCAGGGCAGCGGGCUGCCCUACGAGGGGCACUAUGGCAAGUGGAGCCUGUCGGGGAAGAAGGGCUUCAACGGGCCGGCCGCCAUGGAGGCUGGGGACGCGGGGCUGCCGCUGCAGAGCGUCAAGACACAGCCUGCUGCCCUGGGCCCACCGCUGGACUCCAGCCCCACCAUGGAGCCGUCGGGGGCAGGGCCGCCCCCCUCUGAAACCACGCCCCUCACCUGCGACGCACCCGCCUCCCACGACGAGUCCACUGAGCUGCCUUUACUGGAGCACCUGCGCUGAGCACCAGGGGGGAGGGGGUGCUGGAGGGAGGUAACCGGGUGGUCCUAUCCCCUACACUCCGUCUAGCUCCAUUGGGGAGAAGGGUGAGGGUAACAGGGUGGAUCCUGUUCCCUUUAUCCCCAUCCCAGCUCAGCUCAGCCCAGCCUUGCGCGCUUACCUUGUACUGUUGGGUUUCUGAUUAUUUUGUUUUGCUGGUUUAUUGUUUGUUUUUGCCUUUGCAAUACUGGAUCUGCCUGCUGGAUGUACGGAGCUUUACUCGAGUCUAGUGGGACUGGGAGCAAGGAAGCGGCAAGGGAAACCCUCCUCCUCGGCUGCCCUGGGUUAGCUUAACGUGAGAGGGCCUGGCCUAGGCUAACAGGCCUAGCUUAGCCUAGCCUAGCCUAGCCUAGUCUAGCCUAACCUGUUCAGGGCUAACAGGACUCGUGCUGACCACCAGCCCUGGUGGAUCACUGACUGUCCACUGGUGGAGCAGGAGGAGAAGGAGAAAGUGGUCUUAUCGAGGCCUACUAGUGACAUGCAGUCUGGUUCUACAGGCACCUCGCAACGCGCCACGCCAGCGCAGUUUCGUUUUGUUGACUUUGAUCUUUUUUUGUUGUUGUUUUUUUUUGCGGGGCAGACUUGAAAAGGCUUCACCAAAAACAAUUCUGAUAUCCGCUAUUGGUAAUGGCGCUUGCUUAUUAAAAAAAAAAAAUCCCUGGUUGUUCCAAUGCAAAAAUGAACCUGAAUCGAAAUGAAAAAGGGAACUGUGCAACACAAACACACACCCUGUGCCGACCGACCCCUUCUCACCCCCUCAACUCUGCAUCUCCCCUCUGAACACCUCUCUCUCUCCAUCUCUCUCUCUCUCUCUGCCUCCUUCACUACCUGCCCUGUGCGCCUAAGCUUUACUGCAGGUUACUGCACGCUAUUUGGUUAAUGCAUUAGGGAGCCCUUGGUGGGGGGCGUUGAGAAGGAGACAUCUCGGGGGUGGCAGUAGUCUAUUUUAUUUGUUAGUGCUAAGGGGGGACUUUGGCAGGUAAAGGGGGCAUCUGUUAAAAAAAAGUUGAGAAUCGCUGGAUGGAGGAUGGAGGAUGGAAUGGUGACCUGCAGGCUGCUUGUCUGCCUGCUUUUUGGGUGGAGGUGUCGGAAAUGAAGAUGUGCAAGCUGGUUCUCUUUUUUUCACAUGAUAUGAUUUUGAGGUUUAAAUAACAGAAUGUGUCGAAGGCCUUGUGCAUCUCUCUCCAUCUGCGUUUCAUCCAGCAUCUCUGAGCCCCUCACUGACCUUCCUCUCACACUACCCCAACCCCCAACCCCUGCCUCUCCCCCUCAGAGCCAUUUCCACAUGAACUUGGACAUUUGCACAGCCACCCACUCACUGUUACCGAGCCACACUGCAUCAUUAUCAGUCAGCAGGAGGAGAGGCCGGUUCAUUAAAGUUCAGGGACUAAAUGCAACCACACACACACACACACACACACACACACACACACACACACACACACACACACACACACACACACACACACACACACACACACACACACACACACACACACACACACACACCAUGCUCCCUGUGUAGAUAGCCACAAACACAGCCUUCUCACCGCUGAGGUGGUAUCACCUCUCUAGUUUACAAGUUUACAGCCUUUUUGGGCACUGGCACCUAGGUCCACACACACACACACACACACACACACACACACACACACACACACACACACACACACACACACACACACACACACACACACACACACACACACACACACACACAGAGGCAGGUGAGGGGCCAGAGAUGAAGGAAAAAAGAGAAGAGCUUUGAUCAGCUGGGCCUUAAUAUGUCAUUGGAACUUUUCCCCUCGUCACUGGAUGUUUUUUUGGUGGUCUUUUGUUGAUUUUUUAGGGACUUUCAUGGAUGCGAAUGGGAGGACAGGACAGGACAGUCCAUCAUGGAUGAGUGGGGGGGGGAAACAGAUAACCGGUUCCUUUACCUGCCCAACCUCUGUAAAGCCUCCUUUUUUAUGUUUUUUUUUGGGGGGGGUUUUCGCCACCACUUUAGACUUUAAAACCCCCAGCAGUGGUAGGACCCCACGCACGUCCCUCUCACUGCAAUACUACUGCUACAACCCAACCGCCCCUGCAGCGCCCCCUAUCAACCCCCAAACAACACCCCUGCCAGCACCUCCCAAGCUCACUCGCUUGCAGAACUAACCAAACUACUGGUGUCUCAACUUUUUUUACACUCCAGCGUUUUAGUUGGAGACGAGGUGAGGGUUGGUUGGUUAGUGGCCGUGCCGUGGUGGGGUUUACAGAACGGAAAAUGAAAAAAACAGCAAAAUGGUAUUUAUUUCUGUGUCUAUGAUCUGAAACUAAAACUAAACUCGGUCUUAUUGGUCCUUGUGCCGCGCUGAGACGAGCUGGAAGGAUGUCGAGGCUUUGUAAGUAGACAUGGGGGAUUCCAAGCACCUGGCUCAGUAGUAAAGCAGGUUAAGUUAACCUUGAGGUAGUGGUAAAUCACCUAAUAGAAGAGCCUGGAGUCCUCAUUUCCUCUACUGAAUGGCAACUAUGGGCUAUUGGCAGGUUUACCUCCUAUAGGUUUACUUGGACACGUUUGUCACUUAACCAUGUUCUUGGAGUACCCCAUGGAAGUUUGUCGCCAAGUCCUCGGUCACCUAACGCUGCCUCCCACUUAUUGCAGGUGGGAGUGCACUGGGCAGGGUCCUUCUCCCAUGGAAGGGAUUCACGGUAAUGAUGUUCAGUACAACUGGAAAUGUUCCUGUCACUUUAAGUUGUAUUUUUUGUUUGUUCGUUUUGAUUUUAUUUUUGUUUUUGUUUGGCUGGUUGGUAGCAGUGCACUGCCCACCACCAAAAAAACAUGAUUGAAUUGCUGAUUGAA